AUGAAGACAUUCCAAUCGCUUCUCACAGCCUUCGGGCUUCUUGCCGUAGUCAACGGCCAAAAGUACUCCAACGGUACCAAUAUCGCGUAUACGACUAUCACUACUGAUAUCUAUACAACUGUCUGCCCACAUCCCACUACUUUCUCCAUGGGAACGAGUACUUAUACCGUCACUGCUCCUACUACCUUGACCAUCACCGACUGCCCUUGUACAUACUCUACCACCAUUGAUAAAACUGUUCCAACUAUCCCAGCAUCCUCUUCACACAAACCAAGUAGCUCUGCUCCAUCUGCUCCAGCUUCAUCGAGUGUUGCCAGCAGCGCUUCCUCGGUCACCACCAGUCAUCCAACUGUUCCUCUUAGCACUGGACCAACCACAAAGCCCGUCAAGCCAACAGAGACCGAGCACACAACAUGGACCACUUACACCACCGACAUUCUUACAACCGUUUGCCCCACUCCAACUACAUUAACUUUUGGAACCCAGACAUACACUGUCACUAAGUCAACUACUUUGACCAUUACCGACUGUCCUUGCACUGUGAGCAAGCCACAUCCAUCAAGCACCUCGGUCUCAACCAAACCAUCUUCAAGCGAGAGCAGUGUCAAGUCCAGUGCUACACCAAAGACUACCGUCAUUGUUCCUCCUCAUGGCAAUGAGACAUCUUCUACUUCUUUAGCGCCACCAAAGACUACCGUCGUUAUUCCUCCUCAUGGCAAUGAGACUUCUUCGGCGCCUCCAAAGACUACUGUUGUUGUUCCUCCUCAUGGAAACUACACGUCCUCUACUUCUUUAGCGCCACCAAAGACUACUGUUAUUGUUCCUCAUGGAAACUACACAUUCUCUACUUCUUCAACCCCUCCAAAGACUACAUCCGUCGUCUGGACCACUACAGUCGUCAGCAGCUACACCACUUAUUGCCCAUCUCCUACCACCGUUGCCAUUGGGAACUUCACUUACACCAUCUCAUCAGCCACAACCUUGACUGUCACAAAGUGCCCUUGCACAGUCAGUUACACCUCAAGUGUUCCAACUGCCAAGCCAACCACCAGUACCACUGUAUCCUACUUGACUACAUACGUCCCAAGACCAACCACAAUCACUAUCAGUUCGGUUCCUCACACGAUUACUGCCCCAGGAACCAUCACUGUCCCAAUUGUUUCAAUUCCUUCUGUCAAGCCAACUCCAAGUACUAUUACCGUGUCUUACUUGACUACAUACUGCCCUGCACCAACCACAAUCACUAUUAGUUCUGUUCCUCACACGAUUACUGCCCCAGGAACCGUCACUAUCCCAGUUGUCACAGUUUCAGUCGGAACUCCUGUGUAUUUUACACCUGUUCCCUCUGUCAAGCCAACUCCAAGUACCAUCACUGUGUCUUACUUGACUACGUACUGCCCUGAACCAACUACAAUUAUUGUCAGCUCAAUUCCUCACACAAUCACUGCUCCGGGAACUGUCACCAUCCCAGUUGUUACUGUUUCCGUUGGCACUCCAGUUCACGAGACCCCAGUUGCCAGCGUUCCAGUUCAUGAGACUCCAGUUACUAGCGUUCCAGUUGCUACUGUCCCAGUCCAUGAGAGCCCUGUCGCUAGCGUUCCAGUCCAUGAAACUCCAAUUGCCAGUGUUCCAAUCCAUGAGACUCCAGUUGCCAGCAUUCCAGCUCAAACUCCAGUCGCUAGUGUCCCAGCUCAUGAGACCCCUGUUGCCAGUGUCCCAGUCGCCAGUAUCCCAGUUCAUGAGACUCCUGUCGCUAGUGUUUCCAGUCCAAGGGGACACCGGUUUGCUAGCGUUCCAGUUGCUUCUGUUCCAGCUGCAACUCCUUCUCAAGCUACUACCCUGGUCUCCACACCUGCUACCGUCGGUACUGCCACCGCAACAAGUCCAGCUCAAUUCACUGGUGCUGCCAUGAAGGUUGAUGCUAGUUUCGGUGCUCUUGCCGUAGCUGGUAUCGCAGCCUUCUUGUUGUAG